GGCACCAAGCCUCACAUUAACAUGUCAUGACAAGGCAGAAGGACCGGUUUGUCGAAAGCUACAGUAUUGUACUGGUUCAACGCUGCACCACAGAUCAUAUGAUGACGUUAUCUGGCGUAAAUGAGAGCUACAGCUUGAGCUAGCUAGCUAUAUGUACCUGCAAGUUCAGCGAACUAGCAGUUAGCUUAACCUUAGCUAGUUAGCCUGCCAAGGAAAGCAAUGGCUUGAUUACAGCAUUUAGCUAGCAAACAACAGAUAUCUAGCUGCUAGUUAUUAGGUGCUGAUUGCAAACGUGGAUUUCCAACAUGUGGUGCACAUAGCACGUAUUUCAACAUUUAUAUGACUUGUAUAAAUUUACAUUUCAUUAUUUGUCGAGCAAACCCCCAAAACACAGCGGGCCACAAAUGGAACCAGGGAGUUCGCGUGAAAGUCCAUCCGGCUCUGGGGGUCCCGAAGUGGCGGGCCUACGUGAGGAGACCCCCGGCGAAGAGGCUGAGGAUGGGGACAACUGUAUCCUGAAAGGAGGAGGAGACGGAGGCAACGAAAACACUCUGGACAAGAUGAAAGCAGAAUGUAAGGAUGAUGCUGUUACUGGGAAAAAGAUUGAGGAUACGGAUGAAGACAAUUAUGAAGAGGAAUUGGACCCUAGAAUUCAGGAGGAGCUAGAGCACCUAAAUCAGGCCAGUGAUGAGAUCAACAAGCUGGAACUGCAACUGGAUGAUGCUAGGUCCAGCUACAGGAGGAUCCUCACUGACUCAGCCAGGAAGCUCAAUGCUCAGGGCUCCCAGCUAGGCACCUGCAUCGAGAAGGCCAGGCCCUACUACGAAGCCCGCAGACUAACCAAAGAGGCCCAGCAGGAGACGCAGAAGGCAGCGUUGCGGUACGAGAGAGCCGUCUCCAUGCAUACGGCUGCCAGAGAGAUGGUGUACGUGGCAGAGCAGGGGCUCCUGGCAGACAGGAACACUCUGGACCCAACCUGGCAGGAGAUGCUCAACCACGCCACCUCCAAGGUGAACGAGGCAGAGGAGGAGCGGCUGCGGAGUGAGACGGAGCACCAGCGGGUCACUCAGCUGUGCCAGGAGGCAGAGCAACGUGUCCAGACCCUCCAGAAAUCCCUGAAGAGGGUCAUCGUCAAGUCCAAACCUUACUUUGAGCUCAAGGCUCAGUUCAACCACAUACUAGAGGAGCACAAGGCGAAUGUGGUGCAGCUGGAAGAACGUGUCGCAAAGGUGAAGAUGCGCUACUCCGUCGCCCUGCGCAACCUGGAGCAAAUCAGCGAGCAAAUCCAUGCUCAGAGGGGGCGUGUCCGAGCCACCAGGGCCCACCUCGUAGCCUGCGGUGGGCGGAGCUCUCCAGUGGGGGCGGAGGCUGAGGUCAAAGCUGCGGUCGGGGUUCAGGUUGGAGGAGCCUGUGGCGGAGGAGGAGGCUUGGAUGAGAAGGACUGGGCUGAUGGAGAGAAGACCAGGCAGUGGGUGGAGAGACACAGAGAGCAGGGCUGGGGUCACAGGGAGAGGGGGGAGGCAGGGUCGGACUCCAUGUCUGACAUGAGCCUCCAGACCAUCACCUCGGAUCUGGAGAAGUGUGACUCGGUGGGGCACCUGGGGGAUCUGAGUGACGUGAGCAGCCUGAUGGGAGAGGACUGGGAGAGGGAGAGGGACCAGUCCUUUAUGGCUGAGAACAGAGACCGAGACGGGAACCCCAGGGCAGAGGAGAGAGUUGUGAGGGACGUGAGCAGCCUGAUGGGAAAGGAGAGGGAGAGGUCCUUGAUAGCUGAGAUCCGAGACGGGAACCCCAGGGCAGAGGAGAGAGUUCUGAGGGACGUUGUCGUCCCCACUCCAAGGCAGGAUAGAUUGGAGGAGGUGAGGGGGGCGAUACGGAGAGAGAGACAGGACAGCUUUGUCAAGCAGCACCACAGAAGUGUGAGUUUGUGAGUCCAGAAGAAUAGAAUGGGCUGGUGAGUGAUGAUGAUGAUGAUGAGUGAUCAAAUAAGGGAAAGAGAUCAGAAGGUCAACAUCAUAGAAAAGACAUGGAGACUGUAGAAGCAUCCUAUUCCCUAUAUAGUGCACUACAUUUGACCAGAGCCCCCAUAGGUAAUGGGGUGUCAUUUGGGACGCUGCCUGCAUCAUUGGGACGCUGCCUGCAUCAUUGGGACGCUGCCUGCAUCAUUGGGACGCUGCCUGCAUCCUUGUGACGCUGCCUGCAUCCUUGUGACGCUGCCUGCAUCCUUGUGACGCUGCCUGCAUCCUUGUGACGCUGCCUGCAUCCUUGUGACGCUGCCUGCAUCCUUGUGACGCUGCCUGCAUCCUUGUGACGCUGCCUGCAUCCUUUUGACGCUGCAGAGAGGAGUAGCAGGGAGGAGGGUGGCUGGUGCAUCAUGAAUAACAACGUGAGAAAGAGAGAAGAGGAAGUGUGAUUUUUAAACUAGGUCCCUGUGGGAAUUGUAGUUCUCUCACUCUGCUCUGUCUAUUGUGCAACACAGUAAAGAUAUCAGUGACCUGAGACUGCCAACGCAUGACAAAUCCACUGAGGCUCGUCUAAACACAAUGCUGAAUGUAGAUACAGAGACCACAUAACUUACAUAACGUACACUUACUCUACUGACCGUUUCACAUGCGGGAGAAAUUUACGCAGCAAAGCUUAUUUUAGGAAUGUUUUUAUAUUGACUUUAGUCCCUGAAUGAAUACCUUUUUCCGUAUUGAUUGAAUUACCACAUAAUAGUUUGUUGUUGUUGCUCGUCCUUGGCAUGAACACAAGGCAUUAAUGCCAGCGAUACUGCUCUCUCUCCCUCUUGAGUAGAAAUACAAACAGGAAUAUGAUUAUUGUAUUUUAAACAUCUUCGGAUAAGAAGGUAAUUUAAACAAACAUUUGAUUUAGUUUGUAGACCAGUUGUAUAGUUUUUACCUCCCAGUAGAAUGUUCAGGAAAUGUUCCCAGCAGCUAGAGGACCAACGACUCCUCAGACACGAGACUGUAGAGAAUGUGUCCGUCACUCGCAUUGAUCUAACACUUCCACAGUGUUUCUCUCUCUGACCUUUUCACAAUCCCUGUUUUCUGUCAGGAAGAAAUGUCAGCUAGCCUGAGGUUGCGUCCAAUAUUACUCCCUAUUCCAUAUGUAGUGAACUACUUUUUACCAGGGCCAUUUGGGACCUUUCCAAGAUGUUACACUGCAUGGUGGGAAAUGGUUCUAAUUAACUCCUUUAGUAUUGUAUACGCUAUAAAGAACAGUUUUUGACGAACUUCUAAAAUAACAUUUUAUUUGACUGAAAUGUAUUUUAAGUGCCCUUAGCCGUCCAAAUUAUAAGAUAUUCUGUAAGAGUUUAACGCGCAAAUAACCCCGGUCGUCGAUGAUGACAUUUUUUAGUAAUCAAGAAAUCUCAAUUCUAAACCAUUUAUUAUUACAUUUCUUAACUGUCUUCCUUGAAUAGUGAGACUAUUUUGGUGAAGUUUUUUAAAUUGUUUUAGAUUUGAAAUAGUUUGCCAGUGUUUUACCGUAGUUAACACUGUUUAAACAUUAACUGGUAUUUUGUUAUUUUAUUAGGAUCCUCAUUAGCUGUUGCAAAAGCAGUAGCUACUCUUCCUGGGGUCCACAUGAAACAUGAAACAUAAUACAGAACAUCAAUAGACAGUAGAACAGCUCAA